ACAGGGUUAGGGUUCAAUGCUUAAAUGCAGCAGCAGGUGCAUAUUUGCCACAGAGACAGAUAUUAUAAAUGAUAUUUACAGAGAACAGACAGAGAGCAGUCAAAUAGUGAAAAUUAUACAACACACGCUCAUAUUGUGGAGUAUCUUGGAUAUUUUUUCUUUUCUUUUGUGCUGGAAUCAGUGUCUCCAUGUCAUCAAUGUGCCUCAGUAGUGUCUUGACUUGUGCCAACCUCACCAUGUAUCAUACUGUUGUCCCUGAUGUCCUGCCGCAGCAACCCAGUGUGCUGCCCAGCAUCAACACCCAGCAGAUCAGCAAUCCAGGGUGCAGCUCCAACAUAAGCAGUCAGUGGUACCGGCAGAUUAGCCCUCAUUGCUGGACAGCAGAAAAUGUUCUGGAGUGGAUCAGCGAUCACGUAGAGAGCACCAAGUUUGAUGCCAGCACCCUAAGUCUAGCCUGCUGUGCCAUGGACGGCCCCGCCCUCUGUCAAAUGAACCGGGACCAGAUGAUUGGGGUCUUUGGCCCGCAGCUUGGCCUACACCUCCAUCAGAGUCUGCAAGAACACAAGUCUAAAUAUGAUCUUCAGAGCCUGUCAGGACCAGAGCUGAAUGAGACUUGCCAGCUCCUGGACAACUUUCUAGAUAAUCUCAACUUCCCUUUGCUCAGCACCAUUAGAAUUGGCCAUGCUGAAGAUGCUGUCAGCAAGAGAGAGUUUGGCUACAAAGAUGAUUAUGACCUGGCCAGUCUGGCCAUGGAGCCCAUGACACCUUUGGGAGACACUGAGUACCUGUCUGAUAAUCAGUCAGAGAGCGAGUACAGCUCCUCCUCCAACAGUGGCAUGUUUGGAUUCUCAAACCUUGGCUCACCAGAGUCUGGCAGUGGUGAAUCUGACCCAGAGUUUUCCUACCCCUUAAUUUCAAAGGUGCACAUCAAAACAGAGAAAGGAGAGUCUCAACUGAAGCGACCACGGGGGCGACCUCCUAAACUCAGCAGAGAGCACAGCAGCAGCAUUUAUUCCAGUUCAAAGAAAAACAAACACGCACCUCGUGGCACUCACCUAUGGGAGUUCAUCAGGGACAUUCUCAUCCACCCAGAGAGAAACCAGGGCUUGAUGAAGUGGGAGGACCGCCGCGAAGGUGUCUUUAAGUUUCUAAAGUCUGAGGCUGUGGCUCAAAUGUGGGGUCAGAAGAAGAAAAACAGCAGCAUGACGUAUGAGAAACUCAGCCGUGCCAUGAGGUAUUACUAUAAGAGAGAGAUCCUGGAGCGAGUCGAUGGCCGUAGACUUGUAUACAAAUUCGGUAAGAACUCCAGCGGGUGGAAGAUUGAAGAGAUGGCCAUGGGCAUGUGAGGCAUUAGUCAGAGAGUGGGUAGAAACCAAGAAGCCAAUCAGGGCAGUUGUUCAGGAACUAGAAAUACCUGUGUGGCUUGUCUGGAAAAAAACCUUGCUGCCCCAGAUGUUUAAGACACUAACUUCCUCAUAGAAGGAAGGUGUUGCAGAAAAUGUAAGCCAGUGUUUUUGGCUCUAGUAGGUUUUAUGAACCAGUAUCAAUGAUGUGCCUGUUUUGUUUUUUUGAUUGUCAUCACUUCAUAAUCUCUACUAUGUUUUGUACCCUCUGAUGUUUGUUUUAGUUCCUUUACUGAUUUGGACUAACUCAUCCUCUGUCACUAUGGAUUUUGUUUAUGUUGUAUAUGGGCAUUAUGCCAUGACUGUAUUGUGGCACUAGACAUAUCAUAUAUAUAUAUUUUUUUUUCAUGUAAAUG